UAAUUUGCCUGCGCCAAACCAAUCAUUAAUAUCUCAAGCCCCCAAAAAUAUCCCCAAAAAAAAGAAAAAAAGAAGAAGAAGGUAUAUUUUCUUCUUUCUAGUCUCUCUCUCUCUCUGCUCUUUCGGCUUCUCCGAGCUUGGUUUUCCGGCGAGUCGUCGACUUGAAAAGGGGAAUAUAUCCACCGGAAAAGCCGAACCAUGGCCUCCAGUUUCGUUGCGGAGUCUAUAGCCAUGGCCGCCGGCCAUCAUGCCGCGGUGAGUUCGGGUUCGGGUCCAUCUGGUUUCGCCUCUCAGAUGCCGUGCCUUUUGCUGUCGUGUCCCGGCCGGCGACUCGUGUCGAAGUCGAACGCUGCGUUUCGGUCCUCCGAUGGGGUUUUGGGGCUCCGGAGGUCAUCUGUUAUCGCCGCCAAUGGAACCUUGACGGCGAAUUCCGUGCCGGCAAAAAGUGGAUUAUAUACAGUGGGCGAUUUUAUGACAAAAAAAGAGCAUUUGCAUGUGGUGAAGCCUACAACUACUGUAGAUGAAGCUCUCGAAACCCUUGUGGAGAACAGAAUAACCGGUUUCCCUGUGAUUGAUGAUGAUUGGAAAUUGGUUGGUCUUGUUUCAGAUUAUGACUUGUUAGCCCUGGAUUCCAUCUUCGGUGGUGGACGACCUGACACUAGCUUGUUUCCUGAAGUAGACAGCACAUGGAAAACUUUUAACGAGGUACAGAAGUUACUAAGUAAAACCAACGGCAAGGUGGUCGGUGAUUUGAUGACACCAGCUCCAGUUGUUGUUCGCGAGACCACUAAUCUCGAGGAUGCUGCUAGAUUAUUACUCGAGACGAAAUAUCGCCGACUUCCAGUUGUAGAUGCAGAGGGAAAGCUGGUUGGAAUUAUCACAAGAGGAAACGUCGUAAGAGCUGCCCUUAAAAUGAAACACACUAAUGAAAAGAAAACAUAAGACAUGGAGGCUGCCAGAGUUAUAGGAUGCCACUUCAAUUUGGCUCGUACAGAUCUCUUCACUUCCAUAAGCUGUUCAAGUUUCAUUGAAGAAGAGGUUGGCUUCUUUUGGCAUAUGUACAAUUUUGGCCUAUGCCUGUAUAAAAAUUCAGCAACAUUUUUGUCAUUAUCAAUUAUACGACUAUUUUAUCA